AUGCUCGCCAACUCCCUUCUCGUCCUUGCCUCUGCCACUUUGGCUCUGGCUUCUCCUCUUGCUACCUUUGGACCUGGUUCUAGCUGCAAGCCUGGAAAGCCUACUCCUGUCCUCCCAGUCAAUGGUGGUGCUACUGAACUCCCUGCUCCUCCUCAAGGUGUCACUCUCAAGCACAUCGCUUUUGGCUUCGGUAUUCAGAACUACACCUGCGCUGAUGCCGCUGCCGCUCCCGCUGCCAUCGGUGCUCUGGCUGUUCUCUACGACAUCACUCAUCUCUACCCAGGCCAAGGCCCUUCAUCUCUAACUCCCGAAAAAUGGGCCUCUUUCACUGGUGACGUUCUCAGCACCGGAAAGGUCCCUCUCAACCUCAACACCAACGGCGUUGGAGCUUCUACUACCAACCCUUUCCCUAAGAAGCAAGAUCUCAAGGUCCAAGGUCUCCAGAAGAAGCUCCCCUACCUCGGACAUCACUUCUUCAACGCCGCUGGAGUUCCUACCUUUGACCUCGACAAGGCCAACCAGCUUCUCGUCUGCAAGAAGCUCGACGGUAUCAAGGCUCCUUCCACUGCCUCCGCUGGCCCUGACGGUACCGGCGCUGUUGACUGGCUCUACCUUGGCGACGCUGGUGGUAGCAUUGGUGUCUCCUACGUCUAUCGCGUCAACACUGCUGGAGGUGUUUCUCACGGCUGCAAGGCCAAGGGCACCGACAGCACCUCUUACAGCACCCUCUACUGGUUCUACGGUUAA